AUGAAAAAUUCAAAAUAUGCAAAAGCAUUUGAAUCUGAUGUAAAUAGAUGGGAAAAAAUUUUAUCUGUGAUUUUAGAAACUGUUGAAAUGCUUUUACUGAUACAGAAACUUUGGCUGUAUUUAGAGAAUAUAUUUUACGGAGAAGAAAUAAAAAAACAAUUACCAAAAGAAACAAUAUAUUAUGAAGAUGUCAGUAAUAAAUGGAAAAUUGUGUUGUUGCAAUUGUUCAAAAUUAAAAAUGUUUAUAGGGCUUGUUAUUCUCAAGGUCUUUAUGAGAUGUUGAUUAAAAUGAAGCAAAGACUUGAAAAUAUAAUGAAUUCUUUGGAUAUGUUUUUAGAAAUAAAACGUCAAGUAUUUCCUAGGUUCUAUUUUAUUUCAAAUACCGAUUUGCUAGAAAUGCUGGGCAUGUCUAAAAAUCCUCUCGAUAUGCAAUACUACAUCAGAAAAUGUUUUAGCAACAUUCACACAUUAACAAUGACAAAAGUUGGACUUUCUCAGAAAUGGGAAGCAACUCAUAUGAAUAGUUCUGACGGUGAAAGUGUAAUGCUGAAUAGUUCUAUCAAUUUGGAUACUGCGGUUGAGUUCUGGCUUUUAGAAGUCGAAAGAGUUAUGAAAAUAACCAUGAAAGAAGAGCUUAAGAAGUGCAAAUCAAGCUUGAGGAAACAUACAAAUAAGAAAGAUAAAUGGAUCAAAGAACAUCCAGGACAAUGUUGCAAUUUGGCGAGUCAAAUUCAGUGGACUGCUGACGUCACAAGAGCUCUUAUUCCUACCAAAGAACAUGCAGAUAAAAAAUCAUUAAAAGUCAUGAAAAAAAAACAAGUAAUUUUGCCAUUAUAA